AUGUCCUUCACCGAGUACAUGAAGAGACGAUCGCUGAAAGCGGACGACAGUCGUCGCACGCGAGCUGCCGAACUGACCUUGAGACAGUCCAUCUUCCCCAUUUGCUUGGUCACAGUCUUAUUCUUCCUUUGGGGCUUCAGUUAUGGCCUUCUCGACACCCUCAACAAGCAUUUCCAGAAUGUCCUGGGUAUCAACCAGUCCCGUUCUGCUGGUCUCCAGGCGGCUUACUUUGGAGCCUACCCCCUAGCGUCCAUCGGCCAUGCCGCCUGGAUCCUCCGACAUUACGGAUACAAAGCAACCUUUAUCUGGGGUUUGGUUCUUUACGCAAUCGGCGGCUUGCUGGCUAUUCUUGCGCUCAAAGAAGAAUCCUUUGGAGGUUUCUGUGCUUGCAUCUUCAUCAUCGGCAAUGGCCUCGGCUCUCUGGAGACGGCAGCGAACCCCUACAUCACAGUUUGCGGCCCCCCGAAGUACUCGGAAAUGCGCAUCAACUUCUCUCAGGCCUUCAACGGAGUCGGCACCGUGAUUGCGCCGGUCCUGGGUUCCUACGUCUUCUUCAACUUCAGCGACCAGCAUGCGCUGGCCAAUGUGCAAUGGGUCUAUCUUUCCAUUGCCGUCUUUGUGCUGCUGCUCGCGACGGUGUUCUUCUUUGCCGACAUACCCGAAAUCACCGAUGCUGAUAUGGAAUUCCAGGCACAGGAGACGCACGCCGGCGGCGAGGCCGAAAAGCCGUUCUGGAAGCAGUGGAAGUUGUUCCACGCGGCCUUUGCUCAAUUCUGCUACACGGGCGCCCAGGUCGCCGUUGCCAGCUUCUUCAUCAACUACACCGUGGGCACGCGCCCAGGCACUUCCGACUCGGCCGCCGCCAAGUUCUUUGCUGGUGCGCAGGCGGCGUUCGCGGUGGGACGAUUUGCGGGCCUCGGCUUGAUGAACUACAUGCGACCGCGGUGGGUGUUUCUGACGUUUAUCCUGGGCUGCGUCGUCUUCCUCAUCCCGUCCAUCACGGAGCGUGGCAACACGGGCAUGUCGAUGCUCUAUGUCGUGUUAUUCUUCGAGUCCAUCUGCUUCCCCACCAUUGUCGCCCUGGGAAUGCGCGGUCUGGGCCGCCACACCAAGCGCGGCAGCGGCUACAUCGUAGCCGGCGUCGUCGGAGGAGCCUGCGUGCCCCCAGCCACCGGAGCUGCCGGCGACUACUUCAAGAGCCAAGGCCACGCCGACGGCACCGGUUACGCCAUGUUUGUGCCCUUGAUCUUCAUGGCGGUGGCGUCCAUCUACGCGUUUUGCGUCAACUUUGUCCCCGCUUACAAGGAUGUCGUCGACGCGCUGGGUGACGCCGAUAUUGGCAUCGUCAACGCCGCUGGAGACGAAGAAAACGGAGGGUCGUCGCCCAACUCGGAGAAGACUCACCCCCAGCACCGGAAUAAGGCUCACGAUGCCGAUGCGAUUGUCGUACCUGCUUCGAGGGAUUCGUAG